AUGCGCAGGGCGGCCACAAAGGAUCCCGCGGAGCCGGCGUCUCUUCCGCCAGAUGAUUCUCUGCAGUUCACACCGAUUGGAGGAGUGGAGUCAACAUUCAUUGAGGCCGACGAGGAACUUAUCCGCACUGCUGGCGUCGCGACCCUUGAGGCGGACCGUUCACAACGGGAGGUGGAGCGCUGGCGUCUCGAGGCGAGUGCGCAGAUGCAUUGCCUCACGAAAGUGCGCCGCGAAAAAGCACUUCUUUUAAGGGAGGUAUUGCAGCUUGAGAAGAGCCUGGAAGAGGCGAGAGAAGCCGCGGCUGUGCCCACCUCAAAGGAAACAUGUUCCUUGAUCCACGGGGGUCGGAGCAUACUGGGUGAUGUGUGCGAUCCACAUGGAGAUGGAAUUAUUGUCGUGCCAGGCACCUUCACGCUGGAAAAGAAGGGAGGCGUGACGGCGGAGGAGGUGGAGUUGCGCUACCUCAUCAGCCGUGCCAUUUCGUCAUUGGACUCCCUACAGGCGGAGAUUGCUGCCCUUAGACAACAGCAUGCUGACUUGUGGCACCGGAAGCGUGAGAUCACAGAAGAUUCCAAGCGUCUGAACGCCACAUAUCAACGACAGAAAAAGCAACGAGAGGAGUUGUUGGAGAAAAAACUUUUUGUUGAGGCCGCGGAGGCUGAUCCGGCGUUCCGUGAGGCUCUACAGAAGAGAAUGGAGCUGAAGGAUCUUGUUCGACACGCGGCUGAUCGUCGUGCGGCGCUGAAGCAGUUGCGAAUGGAACGCGCCUCGAUGAUUGGACACCUUUUAGAGGGUGCCAUGUCCCGUGAGAGGGACGCCUGCAAUCUGCAUGUAAGGAUAGCGAAGAAGAAAGGGUUCAUUGGCCACCCCAUGCACGACAUGCUAAUGGCCUUGCAAAAGGAAAACAAGGAAAUACGUGCAAAAUAUCUGCAGAUGGUCCGUGGCAGCAAGGAGGAGGAUGCGGUUCUUUCAGAUUACUUGGAUGUGCUGGAGGAGCGACUGCUGCUGGAUUGGAUGGCUGACGCCUCCCAUGACAAGGCCGUUUGA